CCUCCUUCUCUCUUCUGAUUCCACAAGAAGGAGAAGAGAAGAAGAUGGCCCACCACUGUUAUGAUAUUGCCGAGUUCCUACUCCUCACAUUCACUAUCCUUCUCUCAAACUCCGUCAAAAUCACAAGCAGAGAGGCUCUUGAAAUUGGUAAUAGAGUAGAUCGUUCUUGGACCCCACACAAUACUCCUCCAAACUGCUCAACGCCUACGCCUCCACCUCCACCUCCACCUCCAAAGUGCUCAACACCUUCGCCUCCACCUCCACCUCCAAAGUGCUCAACACCUUCGCCUCCACCUCCACCUCCACCUCCAAAGUGCUCAACACCUUCGCCUCCACCUCCACCUCCAAAGUGCUCGACACCUCCGCCUCCACCUCCAACGUGCCCAAAACCUUCUCCUCUGUCGCUCGAUCUAGACCCGUGCCUGUUUGUAGACAUCAGGAUAUACAGAGCAUACAAGGUAAUCCAACAGUUCAAGGUCAAUAUCACAUCAGAUGAGCAAAACAUCACCAAUUCAUGGGUGGGCGCUGACGUAUGCGGAAACUACACAGGCUUCUACUGCGACAAUCCACCAGACAACAAGUCAGCGAUCGCACUCGCUGCUAUCGACUUCAAUGGCUUCAAGCUCGGCGCAGCAUCAGUCUCAGAAUUCAUAUCUCAGCUCAAGGAUCUAGCCUUCUUCCACGCCAACUCCAAUAAUUUUGGAGGGACAAUCACGGCCGAUGUCGCCAAGCUUCCAUACCUCUACGAGCUAGACCUAAGUAACAACAAACUGACGGGUUCGUUCCCAUUGGAUAUCCUCAACGUCGUCAACCUUACAUUCCUAGACAUCCGUUUCAACUCUUUUGUGGGGUCUGUCCCUUUCGAUCUCUUCAACCUACAGAAGCUUCCCAAGCUGGAAGUUCUCUUCCUCAACAACAACAACUUCUCGUUGCAGAUUCCUGACAGCAUCGGGCAAACGUCCGUGAAAUACCUCACCCUGGCCAAUAAUCAAUUGACGGGCGGUAUCCCACGAAGCAUUGGCAACUUAUCCAAUACGCUGGUAGAAGUACUCCUUCUGAAUAACCAGCUCUCAGGCUGCCUACCAUACGAGAUCGGACUGCUCGAGCGAGCCACGGUGUUUGAUGUGGGAAACAACUGGCUAACGGGCCCACUCCCAUGCUCCCUCGGAUGCCUCAAGAGCGUGGAGCAACUGAAUUUCGCCGGUAACUACCUGUACGGUCAUAUACCGGAGGUGGUUUGCCAGCUUGGGAACCUGUUGAACCUGUCUCUAUCCGAUAACUACUUCACUUGGGUGGGACCCGCAUGUGAGGAGCUGAUCUGGAAGGGAGUGCUUGAUGCUAGGAAGAACUGUAUUCCUGGCCGUCCGUUGCAGAGGUCUCCCGAAGAGUGUUUUCACUUCUUCUCAAAGCCAUUGCAGUGUCAUCAUUGGCCUUGGUAUGAUUACAUUCCAUGUAAUGAUGAUUGGGCGAGCGCUCCAUCUAAUGGCCCCUCGCCUGCAUCUAAUGGCCCCUCGCCUGCAUCUAAUGGCAAUGGCCCCUCGCCUGCAUCUAAUGGCCCCUCGCCUGCAUACUCGCCCCUCUUCAAGCAACGAUCGUGA